AUGGAAGAUAAAGAAUACAGACAGAACCGUGAAUCCAAGGAGAAAAUUAUUCAAAUUUUUUCAGAUUUCAUGACAAGGAUCACAAUGUUUGAAGAACUAGUAGACGCUGGAAGCAAAUUACUCGUCGGCUUUCAGCAAGCACUCGCAAGAGGUGUUGUCAGCGAACUUGAAUGCCUUCUUCAUGAUGCAUCAGGCGCAAUCCAAACUGCAAAUGAAAACUGGCCACUUUUCCAAGGCGAACAUAGUAAUGGAAACUUAGAUUCAUAUUUGGCUAUGUAUGAGAAUGAACGGAUCGUUCGCUCACUUAAUCUCAAGUCAUCACCUGGAGAACUGGAGAGCUAUUGCUUGAUGUGGUCGUUGCGGCCUUUUGUAGAUGAUGACAUCAUACGUGAAGCUUGGAGUCUUGUGCAGUGA